AUGUCUGCCCACCACACCGUACCCGCGCCCACGGACGAUAUCCAGAAGGCUCAAAACAAACCACAGUCCCUCCUCGACCAGACCCCGUCCCGCCAAGAUGGGCAAACCUUUUACACCAUGGAGCCGCCGGCGGUGAUACUGCACGACCCCAACGUGACGUUUGAAGAGUACCUGUACUGGGCCGACGUCACGCGUGCCGAGGAGAAGCUGGCAAACGAGCGGUAUCUACACUCUCGAGGACCCUUGACGCUCAAGAGUGUUGUGAAAGAUCGGUUCAGGAAGGGUGAUGAGCAUGUAAGGUUCCAGGGGGGCAGCGAGGGCAGUGGGAAUGAGGAUGUCGGUGCUGGUGUUGGAGAGAAGCAGAACGGGAGUGGAAGCGAUAAGGCUUUGCAACCUGCGGAGAGUAGGGAUGGCGGUGUCGUUACGCCGGAGGAGUGGAAGACGGCGAGCAGAGCGGUGAGAACUGCUGGUUGGGGCGCCGUGUUCUACCUCAUCACCACGGAUAUCCUUGGGCCAUUCUCUACGCCAUGGGCCUUUGCGCAGAUGGGUUAUGGCCCUGGUAUCGCGCUCUACACUGUCUUCGGCGUCAUGUCGUUGUACUCCGGCUGGAUCCUCUAUAAAGCUUUCCUCGGCCUCGACUCGGACAGAUACCCCCUCAAAGGCUACGGCGACCUCUACUUCCGCGUCUUUGGCGCCAAGGCAAGGCACGCCAUCAACUUCGCCCAAGGUCUCCAGCUCAUGUUGUUUGUGGCUGUCCUGAUCCUCGCCAACGGGCAGUCUAUCUCGCAGAUCAGCAAGGGUCCCAAUGGCAACGCGGGGAUCUGCUUCGUGGCGUGUCUUGUCAUCUUCAUGGCGGCUGGAUUCAUCUUGGGCCAGAUUCGUACGCUGCAGCGGUUUUCGUGGAUUGCAAACCUGGCUGUGUGGGUGAACUUGCUCAUCAUUUUCAUCUGCAUGGGCGUCGUGGCACAUUCCCCUCCCAACUUCGCCGCCACCCAGGCCUCCUUCGGCGACACCUUCGGACCCGGACCCGUCAUCACCUACGCCGGCACGCCCCCGCCCGGCAUGGCUUCGGGCGGUUCCGGCUUCCUGGGCUCCAUGAACGGCCUAAACCAAGCCGCCCUUCUCUGCGGCGAGGUCUUUAUUUACGUGUGCUACCUCGUCUUUGGGUUGUACGUGUACUCCUUCCAGGGCCAGUACGCUUUCAACCCCGCCAUGCAGAGUCUAUCGCCGUACUGGUGGCAGACGGCGACUAAUAUCCUGGGUCUGGUGACGGGGUUGAUCGCGGCAGGGUUGUAUGGGAAUAUCGGCAUGAAGGUUCUUUACGUUGAGCUGCUCCAGGAGAUCUUUGGGGCGCCGCCGUUGACCGAAUCUGCGGGCAAGAUGCUGUGGGCGGCGGUGAUACCCGUGUACUGGGCUCUCGCCUUCAUUAUCGGCGCUGCUGUGCCGCAAUUUUCGCUGGUCUCUGGGUUCAUUGGGGCGCUAUUCAUCCUGAGCUUCACAUACACUCUGCCCGCACUGCUGGGCUUGGGCUAUUGGAUUCGGAAGGAUGCCAUGGUGCCGGAACAGGAGACGUUUGACCCAACCACGGGUAGGUAUGCGUAUGUCGAUAGUGGAUUUCAGCGAUACCGGCGGGGGUUCAUGAAGAGACCUCUCUUCAAUGCUUGGAAUAUCGUCUACAUGCUGGGAGGACUUGUCACGACAGCGUUGGGCAUGUACUCGUCGAUUGAAGGGUUGAUUGCGGCGUUCAAUGGCAAGUCCCAAGCUACGAGCUUUGGGUGUGGAAGUCCAGUCUGA